AUGCACUUCACUGCCUCUUCCGUGACCGUCCUGGCCCUCGCCGCCGGUGCCUUUGCCGCUGUUGCCCACAAUGAGCCCCCAGUCUACGUCAAGAGUGUUAUCAAGCAUGAGGCCACUGGUGCUGCCCACGCCACUGGCACUGCCCACGCCACUGGCACUGCCCCCGCCCACGGCACUGGCGUCCAGACCGGCACCCACCCUAUCAUGACCGGCACCCCCAACAACGGCACCCACGGCGGCAACAACGGCACCGUCGUCAGUUCCUCGACUGUCCCCUGCUUCACUUGCAAGGGUGGUAGCUCCACCAUCCCCGUGUUUGUCCCCAGCCGUACUCCCGGCGCCGGCGCUAGCGCUAGCGCUAGCGCUGGUGCUGGAGGUGGUGCUGGAGGCCCUGGAUCCAGCUCUGGCGGCGGCAUUGGCGGCGGUGCUGGAGGUGGCCCUGGUUCCAGCUCUGGCGGCGGCAUUGGCGGCGGUGCGGGUGGUGCCUCCGGCUCCGGCGCCGGCGCUGGCAACACCCCUGCCUCCCCCAGCUCCACUGGCUUCACUCCUUCCAACCCCGGCUCCAAGGUCUCCGUUCCCCAGGUUGGUGCCGCCGGUGCUGUCAUGGCCUACGGUCUUAUGCUCCUCGCAUAA